AUGGCAGCCAACGUUCUCAACUUUUUCUCAGAUAGCAAAUCUGUAUUUUGGGCGUAUGUGUUUUGGUUGUUUGGUGGUAUUUUUGGCUUGCACCAUUUUUAUUUACGGCGGGAUAGACAUGCAUUUAUUUGGUGGUCAACUCUUGGAUGCUUUGGAGUUGGUUGGCUGCGAGAAGUUUUUCGGAUCCCACGCUACGUGAGAGAUGCCAACGACGACCCUCAGUCUAUUCAAUAUUUGAUUGGCAGAAUGCGACAAUACAAAAAGCCUCCUUUUUCUAUGAAUCGAUUCAUGGGUAUGUUGAUGGUUGGAUACUCUUGGGGACAAAUGAUGAUGCUAGCAAUACCUCCUGAAGAGUUUUGGGGCAUCAAUUGGAAAUAUUUUAACUGGUUGGUUCCUAUUGUAGUAGCUCUUGGUGUUUGGACCGUUGGUAAUAUUGGUCGUGAACAGGGUGCCUUGAAAUGGCCAUUGAUUGCAGCAUUGGCUGCAUAUCCCGUUCGCUAUUACGUCUACGAUGAAACACUCUGGUUUACAUUUAUGAAUAUGGCUGCAGCAUUGGCUUUUGAUACAUUAAGCAAGGAAUGGCGCAGAACACCUCAUAAGAAAACACAUUUUGCCAAGCGGGUGGCAAUAUUAAGUUUGUGUGCCAGUUUGUACAUAUCGCUGUGGUGUGGCUAUUUAUACUUCCAUGGAACCUUAACUGAUAGUGAUGGUGAUGAAAUACCCAUAUAUGAAGCUUUACAUCACUUCCAUACAAGCCCAUGGUGGCUUGAUUUAAAACAAAGCCUCUUGGAUACCUAUCAAUACGCCCAGCAUCAUGGCUGGUAUGAGGUUUGGAAGCAAAUAAUUGAUCUGUCUGAUCCACACGGGGAACAAAAUGCCUACAAAGUACUAGGCUUGGGCUUUGACGCAAGUCAGCAAGAGAUAACGUUAACUUGGAGGAAAUUAUCUCGGGAGAAUCAUCCCGACAAAGUUAAGGAUGCUAAACUGCGGCGCGCGGCUCAAGAACGGUUCAUGGAAAUCCAAGAAGCUUACGAAAUACUCUCUAAUAGUAAACACAGAAGAAACAGACGGAACAAGAAAGACAAUUCUGAUUUACAUGAAGAUCCGAAUAAGUCCGUCAAAUCUCAGUAA